GACACGAGCGGUAGUGGGUGAGCACACGAACUCCGAAACACCGGGACAGGACUGGACAGAUUCCAGUGGACUCAUAUAUGUGACAUAUGUUUACGUGGAUCGACCAUCAGUGAUAUUAAAUACAGUUUUUAACAUGUGUGUAAUAUGAGAAUGAAAGACAUGAGCUCGCGCGCACCGGCCUGAUCGCGCGCCGGGACGAACCGAACCGAAGUCACCGCACCGCGAUUUAUCAGCUUUUAUUUUUAUAUUAAUUUAAAGUUUUAUAGGAGAGGAGGUGAUACAUUGAGUUCAAGAGAGAGAGGGGAGUUGUGUUACAUAUCAAUAACAGAGAUGGAUCCGGACACAGCAGCAGACUUCACCGUGGAAAACGUGGAGAAGGCCCUACAUCAGCUUUAUUAUGAUCCCAACAUAGAGAAUAAGAAUCUGGCUCAGAAGUGGCUCAUGCAGGCUCAGGUGUCUCCUCAGGCCUGGCAGUUCUGUUGGGUUUUACUGAGACCAGAGAAGGUCCCGGAGAUCCAGUACUUCGGCGCUAGCGCCCUCCACACCAAAAUCUCCCGCUACUGGGGCGACAUCCCCGCCGAGCAGUAUGACUCGCUCAAAUCUCAGCUGUUUUCUCAGAUCACUUGCUUCGCAUCUGGCUCUAAGAUAGUCCUGACACGCCUGUGCGUGGCACUGGCGUCGCUCGCCCUGAACAUGAUGCCAGAGGCGUGGCCCGGGGCGGUGUCAGAAAUGGUGCGUAUGUUCCAGGAAGAGGGAGGUGAGGUGGACGGACGUGCCCGCUGUUUGGCCUUGCUGGAACUUCUCACCGUUCUUCCAGAAGAGUUCCAGACCAGUCGGCUACCGCAGCACCGUAAGGGACAGGUAAGGGGCGCUCUGGGCCGUGAGUGGUCGGCUGUUUACCCACUCCUGCAGCAACUGUUACGGCAGUCAGACUCGCCGGCGCUGGUGAAGGCCCGUGUGCUCAAGUGUCUUUCCAGUUGGGUUCUGCUGGAUGUUCCUCUGAACGAGAGCGAGGGAUUGGUGGAGGCCAGUUUCACGGCGCUAGCGGAUCCAGACCUGUUUGAUAUGGCCGUGGAGGCCAUCGUCAACACCAUCUCACAGCCCGACUCUCAGAGGUAUGUGAAUACGUUGCUAAAGCUGGUGCCGCAGGUUCUACAGCUGCAGGAACAGUUGCGAGAUGCUGUACAGAACGGAGAUAUGGAGACGACACACGGCAUCUGUCGAAUCGCCGUCUCUCUGGGAGAGAACCAUUCGAGAGCUCUGCUGGAGCAGGUGGAGCACUGGCAGAGUUUCCUGGCAUUGGUGAACAUGAUCAUGUUCUGUACGGGCAUCCCAGGGCACUACCCCGUCAACGAGACCACCAGCUCUCUCACACUCACAUUCUGGUACACACUACAGGAUGACAUCAUGUCGUUUGAGGCAGAGAAGCAGGCCGUGUAUCUGCAGGUCUACAGGCCCGUGUAUUUCCAGCUUGUAGAUGUUUUGCUCCAUAAAGCUCAGUUCCCUACAGAUGAGGAGUAUGCUUCCUGGUCAUCAGAUGAGAAAGAACAGUUCAGGAUCUACAGGGUGGACAUUUCAGACACGCUGAUGUAUGUCUAUGAGAUGCUGGGAGCUGAAUUACUCAGUAACCUGUACGACAAACUGGGACGAGUCCUUACCGACACAGAACAAACAACAUCAUGGCAGCACACAGAAGCACUGUUGUACGGAUUCCAGUCUAUUGCAGAAACAAUAGAUGUGAACUAUUCCGAUGUCAUACCCGGUCUGAUCGGCCUCAUCCCAAGAAUCAAUAUCAACAAUGUCCAGCUAGCCGACACGGUCAUGUUCACUAUCGGAGCGUUGGCAGAGUGGUUGGCGGAUCAUCCGGUGAUGUUGAGCAGUGUUCUGCCGCUGGUUUUGCAGGCAUUGGGAAAUCCAGACCUUUCAGUUUCCAGCGUCUCCACACUAAAGAAGAUCUGCAGAGAGUGCAAAUUUGACUUGCCCCCGUACGCCAGCAAUAUAGUCGCUGUGUCACAGGAAGUGCUGAUCAAACAGAUCCAUAAGACGAGUCAGUGUAUGUGGUUGAUGCAGGCUUUGGGUUUUCUGUUGUCCGCAUUACCCGUGGAGGAGAUCUUGAGGAACCUUCACUCUUUGAUCACCCCAUACAUUCAGCAGCUGGAGAAACUAGCAGGGGAGACGCCAAACCCCUCAAAUAAACUGGCCAUUAUCCAUAUCCUGGGUCUGCUGUCCAAUCUCUUCACCACGCUGGACAUCACCAAACAGGAGGAGUCAUCUGGAGAGAAUGCCCCACCUAUCAAAUCAGCUCCUCCGCAAACAGGACCCAACCCUGUGGUGGUGGUGCUACAGCAGGUGUUUGCUCUGAUACAGAUGGUACUCAGUAAAUGGCUCAAUGACUCACAGGUGGUGGAGGCGGUGUGUGCUAUCUUUGAGAAGUCAGUGAAAACUCUUCUGCAUGAAUUUACCCCCAUGGUGGCCCAGUUGAGUGAGAUGCUGGGGCAGAUGUACAGUACUAUACCACAAGCAUCUGCACUGGACUUAACACGCCAGAUGGUGCACAUAUUUGCCAGUGAAACAGAUCAUUUUCCUCCAAUCAAAGCACUGUUUGAACUGGUCACUUCUGUCACACUGACCAUCUUCCAGCAAGGGCCCAGGGAUCAUCCUGAUAUUGUUGAUUCAUUUAUGCAACUCCAAGCUCAGGCCCUCAAACGGAAGCCAGAUUUAUUCUUAUCAGAGAGUCUUGAUGUCAAAGCGGUUUUCCAUUGUGGAGUGCUGUCACUAAAAUUUCCUGAAGCUCCCACUGUCAAAUCUACUUGCCUUUUCUUUACGGAACUAAUACCGCACUGCGCAGACAUCCCUCGUGUUGGUCAGUUGGUGCAGGAAGACGGUAAACUCCUCCUGCUGGCCGUUCUGGAGGCUAUUGGAGGUCAGUCGUCUCGCAGUCUGAUGGAUCAGUUUGCAGAGGUGUUGUUUUGUCUGAAUAAACACUGUUUUGCUCUGCUGACGGUGUGGCUGAAAGAAGCUCUGCGCUCUCCGGGCUUCCCAUCCUCACGGGUCUCAGACGAGCAGAAAGACACUUUCAGCCAACAGGUGCUAAGAGAGCGAGUAAACAAGCGUCGAGUGAAGGACAUAGUGAAGGAGUUCACACUGGUGUGCCGCGGACUUCACGGAACGGAGUACGCCGCUGACUACUAAACCACGCUCGGACACGAAGUCCAAGACAACCCAAAACUACAAUUCCCAGAAGCCUUCACUGCAACGCAGUAGACGUGAAUGAUACAGUGCCAGAACUGUCAUAAAGAGGCGAGUGCAGCGACAGGCCUCGGGAUCAUCCUUCAACUCAUCCUCUCUCUCGCUCUCACUGGAUCAUUUUUGAGGUUCCUAUACGGCCAUCUGAAGAGCAAACACCCCUCCUCCUCCCCCCCACUGCAUCUCACGGCAUGUUGACUGAAAACGUUCUUUUAUUCUCCCAUGUUCAAGAUCUUCCGUGGCUCUUGGGCUGUUUCCUGUGAUAAUUUGCAUCCAUUCGAACCAAGAAAUGUUAGCUAAAUGUUUUAUUUUUUAUUUUAAAGAUACUGAAAUAAAGAAGCAUAUAUAUAUAUAAACACACACAUAUAUCUAAACAAAUGUAAUAAUCUAGUAAACUGUGGGUUGUUCUGCUAACAGAGAGAGGGACCAAUGCAGACUGAUGUCUCUCUGUGGCUUUAUUUAUCUCUAUCUCUAUCUGUCUAACCCCUCGCGCUCUUUUCUGCCAAAAUGUUGUGAACUUUUUUUUUUUUUUUUUU